AUGCCUGACCCGGCUAAGUCCGCUCCGGCCCCGAAGAAAGGCUCCAAGAAGGCGGUGACCAAGGCGCAGAAGAAGGACGGCAAGAAGCGCAAGCGCAGCCGCAAGGAAAGCUACUCGGUCUACGUGUACAAGGUGCUGAAGCAGGUCCACCCCGACACUGGCAUCUCCUCCAAGGCCAUGGGCAUCAUGAACUCCUUUGUCAACGACAUCUUCGAGCGCAUCGCUGGUGAGGCCUCUCGCCUGGCCCAUUACAACAAGCGCUCGACCAUCACGUCCAGGGAGAUCCAGACGGCCGUGCGCCUGCUGCUGCCUGGGGAGCUGGCUAAGCACGCGGUGUCCGAGGGCACCAAGGCCGUCACCAAGUACACCAGCUCCAAGUGAGUUCCUGUGCGGAGCGAUCGACCCGGCCCCAUCCACACCCCAAAGGCUCUUCUCAGAGCCACUCUCUCUUCCAAAGAGAACUGGCACUUUCUUAACUGUCGAUGCAUACUUCAUACAUUCUACAUUCUGAUUAUUAAUGGAUAUUUGCAGCUGUUUCUUCUCGUUUUGGGUCAUGCCACAUCAGCAAAUAAAGGUCCUGAAAUCUAGACUCCACGUCAUUAAGGUCGACUCUACUUUGAGGAGGCAGCUCUUCCCCAGUCAUCUUUUGAGUGCCUUCCAAACUGGGGGGCUCAUCUUCUGGCACUAGGUCGGACAAUGUUCCCCCCGCUAUUCACAGGGUUUUCACUUGCUAAUUCUUUUCAGAAGUAGACUGCCAAAGGGUCCUUCUUCUUAGUCAUUUUCAUCUGAAAGCUCAGCUGAAACCCUUCAACCAUGGGUGACCCUGCUGGUGUCUGAAUCCCGGUGGCAUAACUUCCAGCAUCACAGCAACAUGCAAGCCCCCACAGUACCACAAAUUGACAGAUAAGUGGAGGAAGUUGUAUAUGAACUGUGUAUCAUUUCACUCAAAUUUAUAAGGUAAAGUUGUAUAACAAUGGACUUUUGAAAAUAAUUCUUUUUUAAUUAUAUUAUUUUUAAUGUUAUUGUGUUUUAGGUGAAAGUUGAAAUGCAAAUUAGUUUUUCAUUCGAAAAUUGAUACAUGAAUUGUUUUCUGACAUUGGUUGCAAUUAAAAAUAAUUCUUGAUGUUAAUUCAAUUGCAUUAUAAUUUUAUCUUAAUUUAGCAAUUUUUCCUACACUUUAGCUGACAUUUUGAAAAUAAACCAGUAGAAUAUUAAAGCGAUGAAUAACUGUAUUUGACCAAAAGUCUCUAAGAAAUUGAAAUUCCAUGCUGUAUUCAAUUAAAAUAAUUGUACCAUAAUAUGUGUGUGUGUAUAUUUCAGCGUAUGUGUGUAUAAAAUAUAUUUUGGCUCAUGGAUUAUAUAGUUAAAACCUCAAAGGAUUGAAUCUAUUUGUAUUCUCCAUCCAUCUCACUGUUAUUCUGUACCAUGAGAUUAGAAUAAUCAAAAUUGACCAGUUAUUGUAUUUGUACUUUUUGGUGUCCUUGUGGAAUAAAUAUUUAAAAAAAAAAUGGCACAUAGCAACCUAAGUAAAGUAGACAAUGUGACUGCCACCCAGAUCCCCCUUCAAUAAAGGGCUUCUUACCUCUGCUGCUGGGAGUGUUAUUGGCAGACAGCCUCCAUCUGUCAACCCCAUCAAUGAGUAUCUCAGUUAAAGAGUACUGCCUCACCCAAGGUCACUUCCCUUCCUGCGGUGGUCCACAAACAAUGAAUUGAAUGUAGGAGUAUAAAGGCCAGGCCACCUCAGUCCAGCUCUGGACAACUGGGAAAGGUGGCUCAUUCUAGCUCCAGAGUUAUCUGUGAGUUUGGCCAAGGUAGUCAUUGGCUGGACAUCACGGUUUGACUUCUCUCUCUGUCCUCUCCUACUUCCUUUCAAUACCUUAAAAAAGUGUUGGUCCUCAGGGAUCACCUUAAUAAACAUCCUGCACGCAUGUGUACUAAACUGCCUCCGUUGGUUUCCCAGAGAACAAAACCUGAGAUAGUUGAUACCAGGAGUGGUCUGACAAAGCAGGCACUAAGACGCAGUUUUGGAAAUGGAUCACCUGGCAAAGAGGACCCAUCACUGGAAGUAAGAGAGCACAGGCAGCACCUGGUACAAGACGGAGGAAAUCCAAUUGUUAAAACUUUCAACAACAUUAAUUACCACUCCCAUAAUUAUUUUUUCUUUCCUUCUUUCUUUGGGUUAAAUUUGUUCUUCUUUUCUAACUCUUUGAUAUGCUGCUUAGCUGAUUAAUUAAAAACCCUUUCUUCUUUUUUAACUUAUGCAUUUAUAUUUUUACCUCUAA